UAAAAUAUAAAGUAAAGGUAUGUUGGUUAAUGCAGGAGUAGAAAGCUCAGAGGGACCUGUGGCUUCCUUGUCUAGGGCUUCAUGAGACACGAUUUGAAAACUUUCAGCGUGGUGGACUGAUCAUGGGUUUUGGAGUUACUUAAGAACUGAGUUCGAAUCCCUGCUCCAUCACUUACUUGCUGGAAUAGAGUAAACAAACAGAGAAGCUGCUCUGAGCCUGGCUUUCCCUUCUGUAAAACACAUAUAAUUACACUUUCAUUGCAGGUUUAUUGUGAGGACAAAGUAAGAUAAUGCAUAUAAAAUCUCUGGCACCUCUUAAAUGCUCACUAGGUCAUAAUUAUCAUCAUUUCCCUGGUGGUUCAGAUGGUAAAGUGUCUUGGUUGGUAAGAAUAACAAGACCCUUGCUAACUGAUCCCUACUGAAGUGGUUAGUUGUUAGUCUGUAUAAACCUACUCAUGCUCACGUUAAGAAAAGCUGAGGUUGGGGUUAAGUUAUGGGUGAGCUUGGGAUUCAGGGGGCACCCAGCCUUGUCUUAUGCUCCAUCCGCUCCAUAAACCUGCAAUCGCCUGCCUUUGCAUGGAGGCCUAUCAAUAUUUAAUGUGUGGGUGUCAAUUGCUGUAAACCGAGCACACCCCAGCACCAACUUGAAUUAAUUAUAUGCAGGAGGAGUGAAAAUAAAAUGCCUUUUUCUCAGAGCCCCAAGUUUCACUGCUACACCGAAACCUGGAAACCACAGGGUGAAAUUUUUGCUGAUGGAGGACCCCGAGAAGAAGCUGACCCAGAAGAGUGACAGCAAACCCCGGAAAGUCCGAUUUAAAAUCUCUUCCUCCUACAGCGGCCGUGUGUUGAAGCAAGUCUUUGAAGACGGGCAGGAAUUAGAGUCGCCAAAGGAGGAAUACCCCCACAGUUUCCUCCAAGAGUCCCUUGAACCAAUGGAUGGUGUUUACGGAUCUGGGGAAGUCCCGAAGCCCCAAUCUUACUCUCCCAAGCUGACUGCUCAGAGGAUCAGCGUGUUUCGAGACGGUAGUGCCUACACCUUGGCGGGGAGCCAGCCUUUCUUCAAUGAUUACAAGGCCAAUGACCAUAAGUCCCCACCUAUUGUAGAUUUUGGAAAGAUAAUCAUCUACACGAAUAACCUGAAAAUCAUUCGAACUCCAAUGGACAAGAGAGAUUUCAUGAGGAAAAUGCUCCAAAAGGAAGAGGAGGCCGAGGAAGAGUCUCUGAUGAGCAAAGAAGAAAUCUGUGCACACCAGAACCACGGUCCUUUGCCAGAGAUGGAGGGCACCUUCCCCCAUAACCAGUACCCACAGGAAGGGGAGCAUCCCGAGGACAACUGUUUCCACUGCCGAGGGUCGGGCAGUGCCACCUGCUCUCUGUGCCACGGCAGCAAGUUCUCGAUGCUGGCCAAUAGAUUUAAGGAGUCCUAUCGGGCCCUGCGGUGCCCUGCCUGCAAUGAGAAUGGCCUGCAGCCUUGCCAGAUCUGCAAUCAAUAGCCUGUGGGCUUUGUAGGUCCACUUUGAUGGCAUCUCCCCUGAAGUUGUUUCUGAUAUACUGCUCCUCCUCCAUCUCCCCCUCCCUCUCCCAGCAAGGAGGCCACGGUGGCUUUAGCACUUCCAGCGCUGACACAACUCCAUUACUAGAUCACAUUUUGUGAGGCUGGUAACUUCUCCACGUGGAUCUAAGUGACAGAGGCAUUUUUGAAUUAGAGUCUGUUUCGAAGCUCUUCUAAAAUGAUCCUUCUAGAACCAUGCACAUGUAUCUCACUUGACUUAGCUCAGUUUUCUCCUUGCACAAGUGAACAAAUAAAUGUACAGUUCAGGCAGCUGGUUGAAGUCAUUUUCUGGUUGGGAGUUAUAUUGCAAAAUUAUGCCAUGAGAGAGGAAUUACAAAAAACAAACGCAGAUUUCUUAGGAACUGAAUUCCUGAAUUUCUCAGGAACUGAAAUGCUUAUAAUGCAUUUCAAAUUGGUCAAAUUGCAUUUUUUAAUAAAGCAGAAGAGGAAAGGGAUGCCCAUUGCGGAAUGCACUAGCAUGUUACUGAAAACAAAAUAGGAUGUACACGGUUCCUGCUGAAGACAGGCAAGCUGAGGAGGCCUUUUUUUCAAAGUCCCGAGUCUCUCCCUUUGUGAUGUGCUUGGGUAAUAUGCAUGUAGGCAACGACCAGUGCUACUUCUUAGGACAAGAUGAGAUAAGAUAUAUCUGUGUGCCUCUGAACUACUGAGGUUAUAAGCCAAGUCAAAAUCAUUUAUGAUAAAUUUGGUGCUUAAGUGUGUGUGUGUGUGUCUGUGUCUGUGUAUGUGUGUGUGUGAUAUGACUUCUUCCAGCCCCCAAAUUAUUACCAAAUAAAUGAAUUUAUUUUAAGGCUAAGAUAUAGCCAUGAUCUCUUCAUAAAAGACUAUGGAUAUAUUAUAGGUAUCUAUUGGAAAUUAAAAAAAAACUAACCAAGGCUGUUUAGCAAUUAUGUUUCUACUGUCUAUGAAUACACAUACUAAGAAUAAUUUUUCCUCUUAAAGUUGGUUGUAAAAUUAGAAAAAUAGUUUUGUUAAUGAACUUUUGUAACUCUAACAGCCCCUCCCUUCCCCCUUGAGAAAUCCAUUAUCUAUUGAGGCUCAUUGCUUUUCUAUGGUAAUUAUUUUGAUUUUCUUAACUUUUUCAAGAUUUGUUUGUUAUUCUCUAUAUUCGGCUGUUAAGAUACUUCAGUAGUGGAGUGCUUUUCAGAUAAUAUAAAUACUUCUUAUAAAAAUGCUAUUUGCAUAGAUACGGAUGGUCCUAUAAACUGUUAUACAAAGUCAAGUAAGUCAGUAAAACAAAGAUUGUACAGUAACACAUAUAUGUGAAAUCUAGAGAAAUGGUACAAAUGAACCUAUUUGCAAAACAGAAAUAGAAACACAGACACAGAGAACAAAUGUAUGGACCCAGGUGAGGAAAGGAGGGAUGGGAUAAACGGGAAGAUUGGGAUUGACAUACACACACUAGUGAUACUAUGUAUAAACUAGAUAACAAAUGAGAAUCUACUGUACAGCACAGGGAACUCUACUCAGUCCUCUGUGGUGGCCUAAAU